AUGGCUCUCAAAAUGGUUAUAGCUGCUGUUGCAAACUCUCUGUAUUUCCGUGAGUCAGACAUAGGUCCAAUUCUAAGGAUAUUGCCAGCUCACUUUGACAGAUAUGAUGUACUUCAUCCACCUGUUACUUACGUAGACGUAAGAUACUUUUACAAAAUCCCGACUAAAGGUGUAGGAAAGUUUGAAAACCAGUUCCUACGUCCAUUAUCACUCGGCUCAUGGUGGUGUGUGAUCUUAAUUUCGGCAUUAUGUGGACUUGUAUUUAUGUUAUCUGCUGUUGUGGAAGAUCGUCCAAUAUCUGCAGAUUUCGCUAUUUGCUCUGUUUUAGCUUUGAUUUGUCAACAAUUUUUCGAAGAAUUUGAAGACUUAAGGCGGAUAUCAUCAGCCCGGAAAUUAACAACGUUAGUGACUGGUCUGUCUUGCCUUUUGAUAUACAACUACUAUACCAGUAGCGUUGUUAGUUGGCUUCUUAACGGCCCCCCUCCUUCCAUUAAUUCACUGUGGGAGCUCCUUGAUAGUUCCCUUAAACCAAUAUUUGAAGAUAUUGGAUACACACAUUCAUGGUUACAGCUACCAGAUUAUUAUUUUAAUGAAAAAUGGACUAAAGCUGAAGACGAGUUUAAGAAGAGACUAAUAAAAAUGCAGAAGAAAGGAAUAAAAAUUGUUACAACUGUAAAUGAAGGUAUAGAUUUAGUUAAAAAAGGAGGUUACGUGUUUCAUGCUGAAUUACAUGCAGCUUAUGCUAAAAUAUCUCAAACUUUCACAAAGAGCGAUCUUUGCGAAUUGGGAUCUUUAGCUUCUAUGGAAACGACUUUACUCUAUUCUGCUGUACCUAAACGCAGUGCGUUUAGAGAAUUUUUUAUAUGGGGCUUAUCCCACAUUAGCGAAAGAGGAAUAAUUAAUAUAGUACAACUACGCACAUGGCCUCAAGUAAUGAAAUGUGAAGGUAGUUCUCCUCAAGCGCUCGCGUUGGGUGGUGCGGCACCAGCUUUUAUUAUUUUAGCUGCAGGAUUCGUCCUUGCCGUCUUUAUUAUGAUUCUAGAGAGGCUGAAGUGGAAAUUUGAUAUGGCAAGAGCAAACAAUCGCAAUAUGCUCAAUAUAAAUAAG